GGAAGCCAGAUCGUGGGAUCCGAGGAUGAAUUUUGUGACUGACAGAGCUGGACAGAGUAAAGACGGAGACCUAAUGGGCAGACUGACCCGCACCGCGGCCUGGCAUGGGGGCGCGGGGGGCGAGGCCAGGAGGCCCGGUCUGGGGCGAAGCAGGCAGGGCCCGGGCGACUGAGACUGGACUGGCGGGCUGGAGCUGUGGGCAGCGAACUGACACUUGGCUGGGCCGGGCUGAGGAGUGUCGGGUGUCUAACCGGCCGGCAGCAAUGGCCCGGCUGCCCUAGGGCAGGGGCCGAAGUUGUGCGGUCCGGCCUAAGGCCAGGAGGCCAGGCCCGGGACCACCGAACCUGACUGAUGGCCCGGGGCCUCCAGUGUCUGCCUGACACGCCACGGGGCUCGAGACUUCGGAGGCCAAGCCGAUGGGCGGAGGGGAGGACAGCGGAUUGCAGAGCGAGGGAACGGGGCAGUGGGGGGAGAGGCCGAGAGGCUCGGGGCGCCGCGGCCUGUCUGAUAGCCCAGGGCUGACGGGAGCGACCGGGGUCUCGGUGGCCAAACUGACUGAGCAACCGAGCGACCCGGAGGACAGGAGGCCGCUGGAGGCCCCUCGCAUCGGCUCGAGCGGUGAGGAGGGGCGGCAGAGCGAGUGGAGUGGGGGCCCGGAGCGGCUCAGCAAGCGAGGGAGGCUCGAAUGACUGGCAGGCGGGAAGGGCCGAGGAGGCCUCAAGCGCGGCGACUGCCCGGGGAUCCCGGACUGCCGGCCCUCCCAGGCCCAAUACUUCAAAGUAUCCUACCUCUGCUCAAUAUAUAUUACUUGGAAAGAAUUGAGGAAACUGCCCUCAAGAAAGGCCUCUCCACUCAGGCCAUCUGGCGCCGACUCUGGGAUGAGCUGAUGAAGACAAGGCCUUCCAGUUUGGAAAGUGUGACCUGUUGGCGAGCUAAGUUUAUGGAGGCCUUUUUUUCCCAUGUUCUACGUGGGACCAUUGAUGUGUCUUCUGACAGGCGUCUUUGUGAUCAGCGCUUCUCACCUCUUCUGCACAGCUCCCGCCAUGUCCGACAGCUCACCAUCUGUAACAUGCUGCAGGGUGCAACCGAGCUGGUAGCUGAGCCCAACCGCAGAGUUCUGGAGACACUGGCCAGCUCCCUGCACACUCUCAAGUUCCGCCACCUGCUGUUCUCUGAUGUGGCUGCGCAGCAGUCACUUCGGCAGCUGUUGCAUCAGCUCAUUCACCAUGGGGCUGUCAGUCAAGUGUCACUAUACUCCUGGCCUGUGCCUGAGUCAGCCCUUUUCAUCCUUAUUCUCACCAUGAGUGCUGGCUUCUGGCAACCAGGGCCUGGUGGCCCACCCUGCCGCCUCUGUGGAGAGGCCUCUCGAGGCCGGGCCCCAUCCCGAGAUGAAGGGUCCCUCUUAUUGGGCUCACGCCGGCCUCGCCGGGAUGCCGCUGAGCGAUGUGCUGCAGCCCUGAUGGCCAGCCGGCGUAAGAGUGAAGCCAAGCAGAUGCCCAGAGCUGCACCUGCCACUCGGGUAACACGCCGGAGCGCACAGGAGAGCCUGAUAGCAGGCGGAACAGACCUUAAGAGGGAGCUGCACCCGCCAGCCACCUCCCAUGAGGCUCCUGGCACCAAGCGGCCACCCCCUGCUCCAGCAGCCACCUCCUCUGCCUCUUCUUCUACAUCCUCAUACAAACGGGCACCAGCUAGCUCAGCCCCACAGCCUAAGCCCCUAAAGCGUUUCAAACGAGCUGCAGGGAAGAAGGGUGCUCGCGCCCGUCAGGGGCCUGGUACAGAGUCUGAAGACCUGUAUGACUUUGUUUUUAUUGUGGCUGGUGAGAAGGAGGAUGGUGAAGAGAUGGAGAUUGGGGAAGUGGCUUGUGGAGCUCUGGAUGGAUCAGAUCCCAGCUGCCUGGGGCUUCCAGCACUGGAAGCUUCACAACGAUUCCGCAGCAUCUCCACCUUGGAGCUAUUCACAGUUCCACUUUCCACAGAGGCAGCCCUGACACUAUGCCACCUGCUGAGCUCCUGGGUGUCACUGGAGAGCCUCACACUCUCCUACAAUGGUCUGGGCUCUAACAUCUUCCGCCUGCUAGACAGUCUGCGGGCCCUGUCAGGCCAGUCUGGAUGUCGCCUCCGUGCCCUGCAUCUCAGUGACCUGUUCUCACCACUACCCAUCCUGGAGCUGACGCGUGCCAUCGUACGAGCACUGCCCCUGCUACGGGUCCUCUCUAUUCGUGUUGACCACCCAAGCCAGCGGGACAAUCCUGGUGUGCCAGGGAAUGCAGGGCCCCCUAGCCACAUAAUAGGGGAUGAGGAGAUACCAGAAAACUGCCUGGAGCAGUUGGAGAUGGGAUUUCCACGGGGAGCCCAGCCAGCUCCACUGCUCUGCUCCGUACUGAAGGCCUCGGGUUCUCUGCAGCAGCUGUCCCUGGAUAGUGCCACCUUUGCCUCUCCCCAGGAUUUUGGGCUUGUUUUGCAAACACUCAAAGAGUACAACCUAGCCCUGAAAAGACUGAGUUUCCAUGACAUGAAUCUGGCUGACUGUCAGAGCGAGGUGCUCUUUUUGCUACAGAAUCUGACUCUGCAAGAGAUUACCUUCUCCUUCUGCCGUCUGUUUGAGAAGCGCCCAGCCCAAUUUCUGCCUGAGAUGGUUGCUGCUAUGAAGGGCAACUCCACACUGAAGGGCCUCCGGCUGCCAGGGAACCGCCUGGGGAACGCUGGCCUGCUGGCCCUGGCAGAUGUUUUCUCAGAGGAUUCAUCCUCCUCUCUCUGUCAGCUGGACAUCAGUUCCAACUGCAUCAAGCCUGAUGGGCUUCUGGAGUUCGCCAAGCGGCUGGAGCGCUGGGGCCGUGGAGCCUUUGGUCACCUGCGCCUCUUCCAGAACUGGCUGGACCAGGAUGCAGUCACAGCCAGGGAAGCUAUCCGGCGGCUCCGGGCUACCUGCCAUGUGGUUAGCGACUCAUGGGACUCAUCCCAGGCCUUCGCAGAUUAUGUUAGCACCAUGUGACGGGGCCCGUACCUCACAGGCUCAUGCUCGGUACCAUCAGCUUGCAGGGGCUGAAGCAUGGGCUGCCCAGAUCCCAAGCACCAGUUCUGUAUUUCUCUGUCACCCUUUUUCUCUUUUUUUCUGUCUUCCCUUGCACUGAGGUCCUGGAGGCCUUGAUGAGGCCCAGCCAAGAGGCAUUCUCACAGCUGAGUUUAGAGCCUUUGGGCCCCUUACUCAGUAUCCUGGGAACCCUGGGCCAGGAGGUUACAGUGGUCAUCAUCAUUGCUGAAGAAAUCCGUUCCCCUGACCCUGGGUUCCUGCUUUCCCUCCUCAUGCAGGCACCCAGGCUUUAGAGAAGUAUAAGGGGCCUCUUCCCUGCUGGGCUUAUCACACUGCUCUCAGGCCUCAAACCCUUUCAUACCUUUAUUCUUUUUUUUUUAACCAAAAAAAGUUUUUCUUAUAAAAUAAAUUUUGGGCAAACAUCA